UCACCUUAUUAUUCUCCGCAGGUCCCCGGCCUGUGGGAUACUGCCACUCACAUCUGUACUGGCUCUAACAACCUCUCUUACACCUCCUUCCUGAUGCAUAGGUGCAUCUGAAUCCAGUCACAUUUACAACAACCAAAAACCAUCAUAGGCCUGUUUUAUAGAACUGUAUUAUGAAGUUACUGAAGUUGAAAUAAUGAGAUCAAUUGUAGAUCCAUAUUGAUCGAUUUGAUUCUGUGUACUGGAUUUUGGAAUACAGCUUUCACUGUUAAUUAAAAUCAAGCGGGAGAAUCAGUGUGCAGACAGGAACCAGGCCUGGUGGUGUGUACAUAAUCCCGUCUACUUAGGAGGAGGAUCACCAAUUCAAGGCCUGCUUAGGUGAUAGAAUGAAUUCAAGACCACAUUGGGCAGCUUAGUGAGCCCCUGUCUCAAAGUUUAAAAAUAAAAAUGACAAGUCUGUUAGUCAAGGGUUUUCUAGAGAAACAGAACUGGAGCGGGGGAGAGUUUUGGAUUGAUUUGCACUGCAUUGUUUCUAGGUUGUCCAACAAUGACUGUCUUCAUAAUAGAGAGGCUGAGAACUCUUGCUGUUUGGUCCACAAAGCGGGUCGUCAGUAGUCCCAGUCUGACUCCGAAGGCCGGGAGAAUUCCCCCAGAUAGCCUCUGGUCUAAAGCCCACAAUCAUAAAGCCAGAGAAACUGAAGGAAAGCAGCAGCAGUGUAAAUGUUCUCUACAGCCAUUUGCAAAGGCAGGCGGGGUGUUCCUCAAACCUCAGCUGCGGCAGGACCUUGAGGCCCACAUUUUGGGAUGGGUCUUUCCCCUUCAGGUGACCCGGUAGAGAUAACCCCUCACAGGUUUGCCUAUUGGUUGGUUCCAAAGCCAAUCAAGCUGAUGAUCAAGCAGGAAUCCUGAGGUUAGAGUGAUGUCUGUAUAGUGUAGACCCCAGCCUGACAGUACAGACCAGAAGAUAUGGAAAUGCCAACACUCACUUUCUGGGGACAGAGCUGUGUAGAUGUAGACCAGCACUGUAAUUUGUAGUAGUUGAAAAAUAUAUUAGCAAAGGAAUUACAUUUCAAACAUUUCUUUAAACGUCCCCAAAACAAUACUAACAGUUUAUAUGGGGUGUAUUAUUAAUCUUCCUAUAGGGCCUACCUUGGCAGAAAUAUAUGUAGGCUAUGUAGCUUUUUGUUGAUUUUUGUUUUAAUGCUACUUGUUUGAGAGUAAAGAAAAAAUAGUUCUAAAAGCUCUGGGUUUUUCCCCCUUCCUACGGAUAAACUCUCUAGUCCAAUAAAGAUGUGUGCAUCUGGUUCCCCUAAACUCUUGCUGCUUUGUCUGUCAGGAUUCCCUCUGUUUUCUUUUAGAAGAAAAUGGUCAUUUAGUUGGAUAAUACUUCAGGAAGCAUUUCAAGGCUGUAGAUUUUAUAAGUCCAUCAGGUAAGCUUUUUUUUUUUCUUUUAUUCCUGUCUUAAGAGAGCUUUGGUAUGUUUCUUGGUUAUCCUAAGACUGAAAUUGAAGGCUGGCUUCCAGUAACUUAUCUACUUACCUCAUUUUUUUUUUUUUUUUUUGAGCUGGGGACCGAACCCAGGGCCUUGCGCUUGCUAGGCAGUCGCUCUACCACUGAGCUAAAUCCCCAACCUCUACUUACCUCUUAAUACUUAUGUAUGUAUGUCUGUAUUUUGAGACAGGAUCUUGCUAUAUAGCCCAGCUAGCUUCAAACUCAUGAUCCUUUGUCUCAGCUUCCGGAUUAGAAGCAUGUGCCACCACACCUGGCUAAUAGCUUUUUUUAUUUUAAUGUUUUGAUUGUUAAUGACAGAUGGGACAACAUUUAAAUGUGGGGAAGUCUGAUCACAGUCCUCCACUUCCUGAUCAGUCCUCCACUUCCUGAUUACAGCCCUCCACUUCCUGAUUACAGUCCUUCACUUCCUGAUCACAGUCCUCCACUUCCUGACCACAGUCCUUCACUUCCUGAUCACAGUCCUCCACUUCCUGAUUACAGUCCUUCACGUCCUGAUCACAGUCCUCCACUUCCUGACCAGAGUCCUUCACUUCCUGAUCACAGUCCUCCACUUCCUGAUCACAGUCCUUCACUUCCUGAUCAGUCCUCCACUUCCUGACCACAGUCCUUCACUUCCUGAUCAGUCCUCCACCUCCUGAUCACAGUCUUCCACUUCCUGACCACAGUCCUUCACUUCUUGAUUACAGUCCUCCACUUCCUGAUCACAGUCCUUCACUUCCUGAUCACAGUCCUCCACUUCCUGAUUACAGUCCUCCACUUCCUGAUUACAGUCCUUCACUUCCUGAUCACAGUCCUCCACUUCCUGACCAGAGUCCUUCACUUCCUGAUCAGUCCUCCACUUCCUGAUUACAGUCCUUCACUUCCUGAUCAUAGUCCUCCACUUCCUGAUCAGUCCUCCACCUCCUGAUCACAGUCCUUCACUUCCUGAUCACAGUCCUCCACUUCCUGAUUACAGUCCUUCACUUCCUGAUCAUAGUCCUCCACUUCCUAUCAGUCCUCCACCUCCUGAUCACAGUCCUUCACUUCCUGAUCACAGUCCUCCAUCUCCUGAUCACAGUCCUUCACUUCCUGAUCACAGUCCUCCACUUCCUGAUCAGUCCUCCACCUCCUGAUCACAGUCCUUCACUUCCUGAUCAGUCCUCCACUUCCUGACCACAGUCCUUCACUUCCUUGGGUUUGUUUCUCAGCUCAGCUGUGUUGCUGCAGGUUCUCUAUCUGGUCACUCAGAUUUGUUUCAGCUUACAUGCAUGCUUAAGUUCUUUUAGGUUUCAUCUCAUUAGACACAGCCAUCCAUCCCCUCACAGGGCCUUCUGGUUUUGAGUCUCAUAUUACCUAGUGUAUUCAUUGCAUAUGGCUUCAGAUUACUGACUUGAAAAGUCAUAUAGAAGAUUGAGCUCAGCAUCGAAGCUUCGAACAUCUGUGUCUAUAUUCUUAAUCAACCUGCCUGGACCUGGAGUUGACAGACACAUCUUGGUACCCCUAGGUAGAUAUACAAAGCUGGACGUGGAGAUACAAGGCAGGAGGAUGUUAUUUUGAGGCUGGCCUGGACCAUUCAGUCCUCCUGACUUGGGUGCUCAAGUGCUGUGACUCGGACAUGCCUUACCACACCAGGGACAAGUUGCUUCCUGAAGGAUCCAUGUGUAUUGUUCAAAACACAAUCAGAAAAAGUGCCUGCAGCCAGAUGGCCCACAUCUUCGUGUAUGGCACCCUGAAGCGGGGCCAGCCCAACCACAAAGUCAUGCUGGACCAGUCACAUGGCUUAGCCACCUUCCGAGGCCGAGGCUGCACAGUUGAGUCCUUCCCACUGGUGAUUGCGGGCGAGCACAACAUACCUUGGCUGCUGCACCUGCCAGGCAAGGGCCAUUGCGUGGCAGGUGAAAUCUAUGAGGUGGAUGAGCAGAUGUUGCGCUUCCUGGAUGACUUCGAAGGCUGCCCCAGCAUGUACCAGCGUACAGCCCUGCAGGUGCGGGUGCUGGAGUGGGAGGGUGCUGGAGGCCCUGGGGACAGUGUUCAGUGCUUCGUGUACAGUACAGCCACCUAUGCACCCGAGUGGCUGUUUCUUCCCUACCAUAAAAACUAUGAUUCUGAGGGCCCACACGGGCUCCGCUACAACCCCCGGGAAAACAGAUGAAGGGCUAGUGCCCCAAAUGCCAACAGGGUGGAGGGAAUUUGGUAGCUGCCUGGCAUAAGCAGAGCUCUCCCAGUUCAACUAUAAAACUAUGUUUGUCAUAUACGCUAAUCUGAUGUUACUUAAUUCUGCUUCCGUCUUUAGUGGAGGAGCUUGCAUGUACUAGAUGAAAAACACUCUAGGCUGAGUCCCCUAAACGGCAGUUACAGAGUACCUGGUGCUCCACACUGCUUUUUUUUUUUUUUUUUAAUUUGCUUUGCUCUAACCUGAACAUGGAAUCUUUUGAGACUAAAAGGACUGGGCUGCAGUUGCAUCUGAACAGUUUAACAUAUUGAUUCCCAUAUAUAGAACCUAGAAAGAAGUGGUAAGAGAUGCUGAUUUUGAUCGAAUCAGUGUAAAAACAUCAAGAAAAGCAUGUUGUACCUAAACUAUGUGCUCCAUCCACCCCCACCUGCAUUUUCUAAAUCACACAUAAACUAUUAAAAUGGCCAUUAAAAUAAAA